AUGUCUUCCGCCGAGCUUGCCGUCUCCUACGCCGCCCUCAUCCUCGCCGAUGAGGAUAUCGAGAUCACUUCCGACAAGCUCCAAACCCUCAUCAAGGCCGCUGGUGUGACCGAUGUUGAGCCCAUCUGGACCUCUCUUUUCGCCAAGAUAAUCAGGGCUUACGCAGAAGUCUGCUCGGGUGAACUUGUGCUAAUUGGAACCUUUUUUUGUGUUGGACUUAAGGCUCUCGAUGGCAAGAACUUGAAGGACAUCCUAGUCAACGUUGGCUCUGGUGGUGGUGCCCCUGCCGCCGGUGGUGCUCCUGCUGCUGGUGGUGCUGCCGCUGCUGAGGCUGCUCCAGCUGAGGAAGAAAAGGCCGAGGAGGCCGAGGAGUCCGACGAGGACAUGGGCUUCGGUCUUUUCGAUUAA